AUGUGCGCGUCUAAAACGUACGGAUACCAAGGUUUCAAGUCGUUCGCGGUGCAGCAGUGCCCGACGCUCAAGCCGGGCGAGACGUAUGAGCAGCGUGCCACCAAGUUCUCGUCGAUGGGCUCGCGUAUUAUUGCUCCGCCGACGAUGAAUCGUAUGGGAAGACACGCGCUGGAGUCUGUGGCCAUGCAAACUGGACAACUAGUGCAGCCAGAGCACUACCGAGUGCCUGAUCGUCGCGGUGUGAGUGUGAACCAGAAGCAGCCAGAUUCCAAGCUAUUCAUCGCAAACACCACGUAUUUGCACGACUUUCCUCCGUUUGGUGAGGACUGCAGACGUGUUCUUCAAGUGCCUUUAGAAGAGUACGAAAAGGCUUUCAUGGCCGUCGCGAACAUCAACCAGCAAGAUAGAGCGACGAUCCACUUGAAUCAGGUGUCGGAGGUGCUCAAACUCGCGCUUGGAGACACUGCGAGUCCUCGUGUCAUUGACGUUUUCCACACUUACAUAGAUCGUCGUGGAAGUGCUCGUGAUCGGAUCUCGUGGGCUUUAUUCAGUCAAGCGGUAGACCAUGUGAAUAGUCUGUUUGAUCAUGAGUUAUACCACAGCAAGACGACACCUUCGAGUAUCAAGACAUGGGGCACCAUGACCUUCGCUGAGAAGCAGUUUAACGAGUACCUUGUGCACUCUUCCACACCCGCAAGCAGCCACCAGAAAGACUUUGGCAGCUAUGGAGACAAUCCUCUAGAUCGACCGUACAUGCGAAAGCGAGGCAUGGCCUCAACCACCGCCGACUUAAACCCGGCAGCCACUCGAGUUACUAAUCAGAUUCCAGGCUAUGGAGGCUUCUUACCACUUAGAUCACACAGCGCAGACGCACAAGCAAACGACGAAGAGCUACUGCCAACGCCACGGAUUGCACUUCGACUUUACCACACUGACAAUAUUCCAGGGUAUACGGGACACAAACCGGUUGACUGCGUUAACUACCGAGGAGAAUGCCGUUCUGGAAGUAAUCCAGGCACAACGACAGGAGAAAGCUACAGCAAUGGAAACUAA